ACGUUCGUUCCUUCAUAGUCAUACAUGUCAUAUCAGCGUAUUCUCAUAAUUCCGUCGAAGCGUUAGUAUUUAAAGCCACGCUUUUUCUCACAGAAGGACGACGUUUGAAUUUACGUCACCAUGACUUUGUACAGAAAUUCUGUCUUCAUUGUAAAAGGCCUGAGGGAAUUCUGCAGGAGUGGCUAUGAGUCGGCUGCCAAGCAUUUUGACCCGAAGGAUCUUGAAGUGGACCUUUCUAGCCAGUCAUUCAUGAUUACCGGCGCUAACAGUGGUAUUGGGAAAUGUGCGGCAUAUGAGCUUGCAAAGAGAGGUGGCACAGUACACAUGGUGUGUCGCAGUGAAGUAAGGGGGCAAGAAGCACUGAAGGAAAUCACGGAGAGUAGUGGCAAUCAAAAUGUACACCUGCACAUACUGGACAUGUCCCAACCGAGACGAGUCUAUGAGUUUGCAACGCAAUUCAGGGAGAGUGGGAAAGUUCUGAAUGUUUUGGUGAAUAACGCAGGAUGCAUGGUGAACACUCGGGAGGUCACUGAAGAUGGACUAGAGAAGAACUUUGCCACAAACACGAUGGGAACCUACCUCCUAACCACAGCAUUACUGCCUCUGCUUACAAACUCAGCAGGAUCAAGAGUUGUAACUGUAUCAUCUGGAGGAAUGUACUCACAAAAACUGAGUCUUUCUGAUCUACAAAGUGAACGGAUGUCGUUUGAUGGAACUAUGGUCUAUGCACAAAACAAGCGUCAGCAGAUGGUCAUGACAGAAAUGUGGGCCAAACUGCAUCCUACGAUCCAUUUCUCCGUCAUGCAUCCAGGCUGGGCCGACACACCGGCUGUACAGACCUCCAUGCCUGGAUUCCACAGUAAACUCAAGAAUCGUCUGAGAAGUCCUGAGCAGGGAGCUGAUACCAUAGUCUGGUUGUGUGCAGCCAAAGCAGUGCUUGAUCAACCUAGUGGACAGUUUUACUUGGAUCGUAAGUCAGUUGCCAAGCACCUGGCCUUAGCCUGGACGAGAUCAAACGAAGCAGAGAAAGAGAAACUGAUGCACAUCCUGGAAAGCUUGUCAGCUCCAUUCAGAGAAGUGGCUCAGUCAUCUGAAUAAUAGAAUGAAACUCAUUCCAUUGUGUUGUAUUAGGCUGUCUCCCUAUCAUUAUGGAGCAUGUUGUUUCGAAAGAUUAUGCAGCAAUACAAUAAGCAGUAUAAGUGUUGUAUAAAAGCAACAGCUGAUUUUGCCGUUGUUUUGAAAUACAUGUA